GCUACCGCCACUCCUGUCAAGAACAGUGGCAAGCGUGGUCUCUCCUACAACAACGCCGCAUACACUAUGCCUUUCUCUCUUUCGGGUCAGAACUCUCAGGUCUCUUGGGCAUACAACUGGUACCAGACUUCUGGCAGCGGCUUCAACCCUGCACUCGAAUAUGUACCUAUGCUGUGGAGUGACGCUUCCGACCUCACAAACAGCUGGGCCACCAAUGCACAGGCUUCUAUCAAUGCUGGUAGCAAACAUCUCCUAGGCUUCAACGAGCCUGAUCUCUGCCUUGCAGGUGCCGGAUCUUCGUGCAUGCAAAUGUCGGACGCUGUCAAGGCCUGGAAACAGUACAUGGAGCCCUUCGCCGGCAAGGCCCUUCUCGGUUCUCCAGCCGUCACCAAUGGUGGCUCUCCCAUGGGACUUACAUGGCUUAGCAAUUUCAUGGGAAACUGCACAGGCUGCCACAUUGAUUUCAUCAACAUCCACUGGUAUUCCAACAAGUGGGCUGGAGCAAACUACUUCAAGCAGCAAGUCCAAGCCGCCCACGAGAUGUCUGGAGGCAGGCCUGUGUGGAUCACCGAGUUUGGCCUUGACUCCAGCACUGCUUAUACCAACGCCGAACUCCAAUCUUUCCUCGAGGAAGUCAUGGAUUGGAUGGAUGCGCAACCCUACGUGCAGCGCUACGCCUACUUCAUGGAUACCACCAACAUGUUGAUGAACUCUGAUGGAAGUGGCAUGAGCGACACUGGCGCCAUGUACAACUCCUAC